AGAAUUCAGUCGUUCGCAGUGCGUGCAUCUUAAUCCUUGUGGAUCUGGUAAAAAGGAAACCGCACGGUUUUAUUCGUAAUCACGACCUUCCCAUAAAUUAGCAGAUUGAUAUCAAGUGACAAUGAAAUAAAGUACCUUCAGUUUCAGUUUGAUUUGGUAUCAACAAAAACUAUGGAACAAAUGGGAAGGAAUCAAUGUUUCUUCAAUUGAUGUGGAGUUGGUAAUUUAUCAUGGCUGGGUUGGAGGAAUUAAGGAAGAAGCUUGUACCAUUAUUUGAUGCUGAAAAGGGCUUCUCUGCAGGGUCAACCUUGGAUCCUAGCGAUUCUUAUAUGCUGUCAGAUGGUGGAACUGUUAACUUAUUAAGCAGAUCAUAUGGAGUCUACAACAUAAAUGAGCUGGGAUUGCAAAAGUGCACUUCUUCACCAGUAGAUGAAACAGAUCAUAGUGAGAAAACAUAUCGAUGUGCCUCCCAAGAGAUGAGAAUUUUUGGAGCUAUAGGUAGUGGUGCUAGCAGUGUUGUUCAGAGAGCUCUUCAUAUUCCUACACAUAGAAUUCUUGCCCUAAAGAAAAUUAAUAUUUUUGAAAAGGAGAAAAGACAACAGCUUCUUACUGAGAUUCGGACACUAUGUGAGGCACCUUGUUAUGAGGGCCUUGUGGAAUUCCAUGGAGCAUUUUAUACUCCUGACUCUGGGCAAAUAAGCAUAGCUUUAGAAUACAUGGAUGGAGGUUCAUUAGCAGACAUGUUACGAGUGCGGAAAAAGAUACCAGAACCAGUGCUUUCACAUAUGUUUCAAAAGCUUCUGCAUGGUCUAAGCUACUUGCAUGGGGUUCGACAUUUAGUUCAUAGAGACAUAAAACCAGCAAAUCUGCUUGUGAAUCUAAAGGGCGAGCCAAAAAUAACAGAUUUCGGCAUAAGUGCUGGCCUAGAGAAUUCAAUGGCGAUGUGCGCUACUUUUGUUGGGACUGUCACAUAUAUGUCGCCUGAACGAAUUCGAAAUGACAACUAUUCUUAUCCAGCUGAUAUUUGGAGUCUUGGUCUUGCUCUUUUUGAAUGUGGCACUGGGGAGUUCCCAUACACGGCUAAUGAAGGACCUGUUAACCUUAUGUUGCAGAUCUUGGAUGAUCCAUCGCCAUCACCAACCAAACACAAAUUUUCACCAGAAUUCUGCUCAUUUAUCGAUAUUUGCCUCCAGAAGGAUCCCAAUGCUAGGCCAACGGCAGAGCAGCUUCUUUCACACCCGUUUAUUACGAAAUAUGCUCACACUAGUGUAGACCUAGCAGCAUUUGUCCAAAGCGUUUUUGAUCCAACGCAAAAGAUGAAGGAUUUGGCAGAUAUGCUGACUAUACAUUAUUACUUGCUUUUUGAUGGCCCGGAUGAGCUUUGGCAGCACGCAAAGACAUUAUAUAAUGAAGGCUCAACUUUUAGUUUCUCUGGAAAACAAUCUGUUGGUCCUAGAGAUAUUUUUGCAGCCUUGUCAAAUAUACGAAGCACUUUAGCUGGUGAUUGGCCUCCUGAAAGACUGGUUCACGUUGUUGAAAAACUACAGUGCCGUGCUCAUGGUCAAGAUGGAGUUGCAAUCCGUGUAUCUGGUUCUUUUAUAAUUGGAAAUCAGUUCCUCAUCUGUGGGGAUGGUUUGCAAGUAGAGGGACUGCCAAAUGUUAAAGAUCUUUCAAUUGAUAUUCCCAGUAAACGCAUGGGCACAUUUCAGGAACAGUUUAUCAUGGAACCAGGAAAUGCCAUUGGACGUUACUCCAUAGCUAAACAAGAUCUUUAUAUCAUGCAGUAGAAUAACCGAAAACGGGAACCAUCUCCUCCAAGAUAUUUAACCAUUACGGCUGUGAGAAAUCUAAGCUGGUAAACUUAUGGGUCUACAUUUGUCCACGACUCAUCAUCUAAUAUACAGAGUCAAUCUUAUGUAGUGUACCUGACUACUAAGUUCUUGUCAAGUUGCUAUGAUUAUAAGGGUCAAGGUAAUUUUCAUCUUUGUCUAAACUUGAAUGUAUCAUUUGUAUUCUGUUCAUGCCCCCUUAGUUCUCUAGUCGGUCUCAAACAUUGAACCAAACUAAUAGACAAAUUAACAAACUGCUUCUUCCAAGGAGAUCUGAUCAACAGAGCCCUAAGACGAGUUGCAUCAGGACUAAUUGCAAAUUGCAAUUUGCCAUUGAUCAAAUCAACUUAACAUUAAGAGUAUCACUAUUGAUAUCAUAAAGCUUCUUAUACAUGCCUUCAUAUUGGCAUUGUAAGAUCCAUUGUGGACACAAUUUUGGAUUGUGAUAUGAACUUAGUAAUGUAUACUGUUAAAGUUAGCUAUGAUCAAUAUCACAGUGGAAAAUAUAUUACAUCCAUUAGUAGUAUUGUUUUUUUUUUUAACAGAAGAUAAAGUUAUUUAAUCAUUUCUUUCGUCCUUAUACAAAAACAUUUGAGCAUUUAUUUAUUGAAAAUUAAAUCUUAUGGGGUUGAAAACAGACCGUCAAGCUUACAUUUCCAUUAGAGCAAAUA